AUGAACUGGUUUAAGCAAACCUUGGCCAACGUUGCCGGCACCCAAGAGCCCAUCUAUGGCCCCACCGCAAUACAGUCGGUGGUCGAACAGGCGAAGACGAUACCCUACACCGAGAUGACCAAGGAUCAUCUACGAUGGUCCGCGAUGCAGUCGACCAGCGUGGAGACCCAGACCUUCUACCUCUUCUCGGACAACGGAGAUAUGGCCUCCCUCCAGUUGAUCUAUAACAAUGUCGCUGGUCUCCAUACAACCUGCCAGUUCAACUGCAAGGUGUUCUCCGCAGAUCCGGCAAAGCCGCACGUAUGGGCCUCUGACCCGGUCCAGAACCACAUUUUUGACGAAGACAUGCUCUCCUUUGGAGGUGAUAAUGUUGCUGUCACGCUUAACGAGGAGGGAAAUGCGUAUACGAUUAAGUCGGCCAUAAAUGAGGACAGUCUAGUUAACAUCACACUCACACGGAUCGCUCCGGGAUUUGUCGCCGGCAAGGAUGGUACCUCGACAUUUGGAACCGAUCCGAUGAACCCAUGGGGCAGCAUGCGGCACGCCUUUUGGCCACGAUGCAAGGUCGAGGGGUCUAUCAUAACUCGUGAGAGGGAAAUCGACUUUGCCGGAAAUGGAUUUUUCGUUCAUGCGCUCCAGGGCAUGAAGCCACAUCAUCUCGCUUCGAGAUGGAACUUUGUCGACUUCCAGUCACCCACGUUUUCCGCAGGUAUGAUGGAGUACACUACUCCUCCUUCAUAUGGCUCUACCGUUGUAAAUGUCGGCGGAGUCGUCAAAGAUGGCGAAAUUAUAUAUGCCGGUGCGCCGAAUACGGUAACGCAUACCGAUUCCACCCAGGACUCUGAGAACGACUGGCCCGAGCCAACUGCCCUCAAAGUCGUUUGGUCGGGUAAAACGGCUGACGGCAAGCCGUUUGAGGCUACGCUGGAGGGUUCCUUGGGACCUAGACUUGAUAGAAUCGAUGUCCUGGCCGAGGUCCCCGGGCUGAUUAAAUCACUGGUCGGCAGUGUUGCCGGAACAAGACCAUAUGUCUACCAGUUCUGCCCACCGCACAAAUUACCCAUCAAGAUCAAGAUCGGGGACGAGGAUGAAAUCACAGAAGAAGGCACUCUUUUGAUGGAAGCUACUUUCAUCUCCUAA